AUGAUAGGUUGGGGAGAUGUUUACAAGGUGGUGGUGGCCAUGGUGCCACUCUACGUUGCCCUAAUUCUAGGGUUUGGUUCUGUGAGGUGGUGGCGCAUCUUCACUCCCGAGCAGUGUGGUGCAAUCAACCGCUUUGUUUGCUUCUUCACUCUCCCACUCUUCACAUUUGAAUUCACAGCUCAUGUUGAUCCUUACAAAUGGAACUACCGCUUCAUUGGUGCGGACGCCAUCUCAAAACUCAUAAUCGUGGCGGUGCUCGCGUUAUGGGCCAAGUGUAGUAGCAAGGGAAGCUAUAGUUGGUCCAUCACAAGCUUCUCCUUGUGCACUUUGACAAAUUCGCUUGUGGUAGGGGUACCCUUGAUGAGAGCCAUGUAUGGUCAGGUAGCCGUUGAUCUUGUUGUUCAAUCAUCGGUGGUGCAGGCUAUCGUGUGGCUGACAAUUCUUCUGUUCGUCUUAGAAUUUCGACGAACGGGGUCGUUAGACAUGCAUAUGAUUUCGGGGACUAACACAAGUCAAUCGGUGGAGCAAGGUGAAGGAGGGAAAGAGGUAGAAGGGUUGGCUGCAAUGAGCACGAUGAGCAGCAGUAGGCCUUCUUUCUGGUACUUGAUGAAGGCUGUGUGGCUGAAACUUGGGAUGAAUCCCAACUCGUAUGCGGUUUUCAUCGGGAUUGGAUGGGCUUUUAUAUCAAGCAGGUGGCAUAUUGAGUUGCCAAGCAUUAUGGAAGGAUCUGUUUUAAUCAUGUCAAGAGCUGGUACAGGCACUGCCAUGUUUAGCAUGGGUAUCUUCAUGGCACUGCAGGAAAAAUUCGUGGCGUGCGGGACGAGCCUGACUAUAAUAGGGAUGGUUUUGAGGUUUAUUGCUGGACCAGCAGCCAUGGCUAUUGGCUCUAUCGCUGUAGGCUUGCAUGGUGAUGUUUUACGUGUUGCCAUCAUUCAGGCAGCAUUGCCGCAGUCCAUUACCUCCUUCAUAUAUGCCAAAGAAUACGGACUCCAUGCAGAGGGUGAUAUUUGGCAUGAUAGCGUCCCUUCCAGUGUUGAUCGCUUACUAUGCAGUUCUAGAAUUUGUGCAUUGACGACUGCACGUGCGUUUCAACCAAUCCAAUGGAUCGCGGUCGAGAGGAAAGAAAGAUGA